CAAGCAGAAUCAACUCGGGUCGGAGUGAGCGGGCCAGCUAGACCGCGUCGCCAAGCCAUGGUCCGUACCGGCCACGGCUCAGCCUGGGUCCCUCUGCUCCAGACCCGAGUGCCCAAAGCAGGCUUUUGUUUCAUGUCAGCAGCCUUCAACCGCCUUCCAAAAAUAAGCCCCUGCCGCCAUGCCGAGGGGAGAAAAACAAGAAGGGCGGUAUUUUUAGGGCCAUUAAUUCUGACCACGUGCCUGAGAGGCAAGGUGGAUGGCCCUGGGACAGAGGCUGGUCAUCACUAUGUCCCGGGGAGCAGGACGUCUGCCGGGCACGCUACGGGCUCUCAUCUUCCUCGGCGUCCUCGUGGGCAUGGUGGUGCCCUCUCCCGCGGGCUCCCGCGCCAACAGCACGCUGCUGGCUUCCAGGGGCUGGGGCACCCUGCUGUCCAGGUCUCGGGCUGGGCUGGCUGGAGAGAUUGCUGGCGUGAACUGGGAAAGCGGCUAUUUGGUGGGGAUCAAGCGGCAGCGGAGGCUCUACUGCAACGUGGGCAUCGGCUUCCACCUCCAGGUGCCCCCCGACGGCCGGAUCAGCGGCACCCACGAGGAGAACCCCUACAGCCUGCUGGAGAUUUCCACAGUGGAGCGAGGCGUGGUGAGUCUCUUUGGGGUGAAAAGUGCCCUCUUCGUUGCCAUGAACAGUAAAGGAAGAUUAUACACCACGCCCAGCUUCCAAGAGGAGUGCAAAUUCAGAGAGACCCUCCUGCCCAACAAUUACAACGCCUAUGAGUCAGACCUGUACCGAGGCACCUACAUCGCGCUGAGCAAAUACGGACGGGUGAAGCGGGGCAGCAAGGUGUCCCCGAUCAUGACCGUCACUCACUUCCUCCCCAGGAUAUAAGGACCCUGAAGGAAGGCUCACAGCAGCUCCACGCAAAGCUGGGGCUCCAGGAGCCCAGAGGCUGCCUUAUUCCCUCUUCAAGAGCAAACGAUGAAGAAGAGAGCAACACACGUGCACCCCUUGGAGAUGGCUUCCCAGCUGGGACGAGGUUAACGCAGAACAAACUGGGGGCCCAGGACCACAAACAAUCUGCACCCUCCUCGCGGGGCCAUGGAUAGAGCUCAGAGGAAACCAGAAAUUGCCCUGCUAGUUCCUGCUGUUGACUACGUUGGUCAUUUGCUGCCUUCUAUCCCCUUCCCUCCCCGCUUCCCAGAUGGGUUUGCACCUCCCUGGGAAAGCAGCUUAAAGCUUUGUGAUGAAUACCCUGCGGUUCUCCUUCACGGCCUCCUCUCCGCCCGCACGUCCCACUGCACCUCCUGCACACACACCCCAAGCCCCUGGUCGGAGCCGUUCUACGGCUUAAGAAAAAGGGGAUUUUCUCCUGUCCUCCAUCCAGGCUGUAAACCUCUCUCCUUUAGAUGCCUUGCUUUCUCCCCAGGCCUGGAAUUCUCUCCCAGCCCCGUCCGACCCGGAACAGCUGAGAUUCUCCUGCCCAGGCUGGCUCUGGUCCUCUCUUGUCCAGGACCUCGGAUCCUUCACAUUCUGAACCUACAAGAGUCCUGGGGGAGGAAGGAAACACAAAAGGCCGUGAGCUGUCGGUCUCCUUCUCCCCGGGGCUGGACAUCCAUUGCCUCGGCCCACUUUGGACCACAGCCACUGGUACAAACCAAAUGCGUCUGGCCUCCAAGAUACCGGGAUGUCCUCUCUGCCCUCCCUUUCUUUUUUUGCCUCUUUUCAGUGGACACAAGCUAGAAAACUCCUACAUAUUUCUAUCCCAAUGCUUUCCCCCAAGGGCUCUGGGUCUGUUGCCACCGAGAAGGUAUUCUCUGCCACCUGCCACUCCUGCACCUGCGAAGUGGGUCUCUAAUACUCGCCCCCCACCCCUCCUCCCAACAAGAACCCAGCCACUCGUUCUGCUACCUCCCAGGAAAACUGCAACGGUAGGAGUGUUUGGGUCAGGGCCGGAAGAAUAGAUAGAAACACUUCAACCUGCGCUCGCCCCUCAGCUGGUGUUUGCCCUUCCCAGGACAGGGGGGAGGGGUAAUUAUGCCCAGAACACCCCGAAUCUAGUCCGUCCUGCGAUAGCUAACACAGACCCAUGUUUGGAUACCUCAUGAACUACCGAAAUUCCACCAUCCGGACAGCUGCCUCUUCACGUGGGUUUCCCUUUCUGUAAAUCCAUCAGUAUCUCAGACUGGGUCCCAGGGCCGAGCUGUCCUCAAGCUUGGGUCUAGUGGGUAGGAAAACUCAGACUUUGUUCAGUCAUGUGUUUGUAAGAUGUGAUGCUUCUAUUUUUCUAUUAUGUAUGUGCUAUGCACAAACCAUAUCCUGUUCCAGCAAAAAAGGAAAAGAUCUUUUUAUACGUUCCUCUAAACCGUUUGACUCCACCCCUCCUAUUAAAACCGACGACGAAUCUC